AUAUUCACAAGGGGGUCAAAAAGAUAUUUGAUCCUGACUACGAAGAUUCUGAGGAGGAAGAUGAUCCGAUGGGCGACGAGGACACUGGCCUUGUCAAUAAGUUCGGCCAGCCCGAUGGAUGGGACUCGGACGAGACAGUUGACGACUCCAACGACCGAAGGAACGACAUGGAAAUAGAUGGUGAACUUGCUUCUGGUGAUGAUUGCACCCAUGACAACAACGACGACAAGGGCGAGGUGGAGGAGGAUGACGAGGAUACUGACGAAUCGACCAAGGAUUCUGUCAUUCUCGUGGAAAGUACUUACGAUCUUACGGAUACUGCAAACGACAAAGACAACAACAACAUGGGCCUGAAUACGGAUGAGGCAGUUUCCGAACUGACAGGUGUUACUGGUGAAGACAAGGACCCUGAAUUGGCAUCUCCGCCGAGGAAGAAGGGACGGUCCCACAGGGUUUCGGUGGUCGCUCCAUCUACAGAAAUGGAUGUGGACGGGAGCUCCAUAUUCCGAAAAAACACACAAUUAAAAACCACACGCAAAUCCGGGUUCCAAAACAGCACCUCUAGUACUUCUCCUACACGGAGCGGCCGUAGCGACGCCGAAAAAGAGGUUGUUUUCAACUGGAAAACAAAGGACCAUAUAUAUAUAUAA